UGGCCAGAGUGCUGUGGUCCCCUGUUUGCGAAUUGAUGGUUAACUGGCUUGCCGGGUUGGGUAGUUUCUGCCAAACCUGACCUCUCCUGUGGGAGGUCCGCUCCGUGGGGUCCAUGCACCUGCUCGCACACACAGCCACCCCAGAACUCGUGUGGGGUGAGGGGCUGCAGCCAGCACGGCUCCUCCUCGCCUACCCCGGCACCACCGCCACAGUGCCCUGGACGCAGGCUCGGCAGGCGUGGACUCUUUGUCUCUGCAUUCAGGACUGCUCCAGCUCUCAGCCCUGGCUCGUCUGGGAGGAGGGGGGCAUCUCCCCCUCACUGUGAAGCCGUCACAGUGGCGACUGCAGGGUGGGAGGGUCUCUCUGCUUCCCCACCUCCACAGACCCACCCCUCCUCGUUCCUGUCUCCUGGCCCCAUGUGUACCCCGACAUGAUCCCCUGGGCUCAGCAGGGGCUGCUUUGCACAGGGGAAGGGGUCCACUCCACUGGAGCGCUGGGCAUUCACCCAGCCCCAGGCCUGGCUAGUCCCUGACCAAGGCCCGCUCUUCCUGUGUGCCACGGGUGAGGCAAGGUGCCUCUGCUCCCCAAGUAGGAGAGGUUUCAGCUCAGGGGAUGCAUGGUUGCCGGUCCUGAAUGUUGCUGUCGCUUCCCACAGAGCUGCAGCUGCCCGGCCAGGUCCUGCCUCGCCCUGUGGUCAGGGCUGAUCUAGAAGUUGGCGGGGGCAGGGUGAGCCAGCCUCUGGCUGUCUUGCCCUCAGUGCCCAUGGCCUAAUCUCCUUGCCGCCUGUGGCCCGAGCAGAGCUGCAGAGGAGCUGGCUGUGCACCGGCUGGGGCCAGGGCUCCCCACAGAUCCUGCCCACCGGCUGAUUCCCUGCCACCACGGAGGUCUCUGCUUCUGUCCCAGCUCUGGGGGAGCCAUCUCACUUAGCUGCCCCCUUGAAGACAUUAGGGAACCCCAGCUCUGCACUGCACCGCAGGCCCUGGACAUGAAGGGGGUGUGUGUGUAUGUGUGCAUGUGUGCACUGUGUGCGGGCAUGUGUGCCGUUCUGCAGACAAGUGUGUGUGAGCACGUGUAUGCACAUGUGUGUGCGUGUGUGUGGUGCACAUGUGUGCACAGCUGUGCAUGCUUGUGUGCAUGCGUGUGCACAGGGUCAGGAGCACAGGAACUGUGCACUGCUCCCCAUCUGAGUGGGCCCUGCUCACCACCUUUUCUGCCCCGUGCAGCUGGGGGAUGGGCAGUGGGCACUCCCUGCUGUUGCUGCUCCCUGGGGAGGGGGACAUGCAGAGCAGGAGGCAGGUCAGAUGUGGGAGGCUCAUGGAACCAGCACGUCAGGCCCCCGGGAAUCCCCUUGCAGAAGGAGCAGGCCCUGCACAGGGGCCCCUCACUGUCUUCCUGGGACGGAGGCUGGGGUCUCGCACCCUGACCAGGACACAGGUCCCAUUUUCCCCGGGGCUUUUCCCCGCCCCUGCAGGCCCCUCUGCUGGCCCCAUCCUGCCAGGGCGGCUCGCACGCCCUGCAGGGCGAGCAGGGGAUGCUCUGGGUAAAUAAUGCAGAGCCGGCUGCGCUGAUUGGCCUCGAGGAGGCGGACACUUUGUCUACAUAAAUGGCAAUCGCAUCCUCCGUGCCAUUUAACUGUCGCGGCGCAGCAGAGGACAGAGAGCAAGCACCUCCGGCUGCCUAGCUGAGUCACCAUGGACACAAGCGAGUUCCGGAGGAGAGGGAAGGAGAUGGUGGAUUACGUGGCUGACUACCUGGAAGGCAUCGAGGGCCGCCAGGUCUACCCCGACGUGGAGCCCGGCUACCUGCGGCCCCUGGUGCCCGCCUGCGCCCCCGAGGAGCCGGACACGUUUGAGGACAUCAUCAGUGACGUCGAGAAGAUCAUCAUGCCAGGGGUGACGCACUGGCUCAGCCCCUUCUUCUUCGCCUACUUCCCCACGGCCAACUCCUACCCGGCCAUGCUGGCCGACAUGCUGUGCGGGGCCAUCAGCUGCAUCGGCUUCUCUUGGGCUGCGAGCCCGGCUUGCACAGAGCUCGAGACAGUGAUGAUGGACUGGCUGGGGAAGAUGCUGGAGCUGCCGGAGGCGUUCUUGGCCGGGGGAGCUGGAGAAGGGGGAGGAGUGAUCCAGGGAAGUGCCAGUGAAGCCACCUUGGUGGCCCUGCUGGCUGCUCGCACCAAGGUGAUCCGGCGGCUGCAGGCGGCCUCCCCCGAGCUGACGCCAGCCUCCAUCAUGGACAAGCUGGUGGCCUAUUCCUCUGAUCAGGCACACUCCUCCGUGGAAAGAGCCGGUCUGAUCGGCGCAGUGAGGUUAAGGGCAAUCCCUUCGGACGGCAACUUCGCCAUGCGGGCGUCUGCCCUGCGGGAGGCCCUGGACAGAGACAAGGCUGCGGGUCUGAUUCCCUUCUUCGUGGUUGCUACGCUGGGGACCACCUCCUGCUGCUCCUUCGACAACCUCCUCGAAGUGGGUCCUAUCUGCGCCCAGGAGGACCUGUGGCUGCACAUCGAUGCCGCCUACGCCGGCAGCGCCUUCAUCUGCCCUGAGUUCCGGCACCUUCUGAACGGAGUGGAGUUUGCAGAUUCGUUUAACUUUAAUCCCCACAAGUGGCUGCUGGUGAACUUCGACUGCUCCGCCAUGUGGGUGAAAAAGAGGACAGACUUAACAGGCGCCUUUAAGUUGGAUCCGGUUUACCUGAAGCACAGCCACCAGGACUCAGGGCUCAUCACCGACUACAGGCACUGGCAGAUUCCGCUGGGCCGCAGGUUCCGCUCCCUGAAGAUGUGGUUUGUGUUCCGGCUCUACGGUGUCAGGGGGCUGCAGGCCUACAUCCGCAAGCAUGUCCAGCUGGCCCACGAGUUUGAGUCCUUGGUGCUCCAGGAUCCCCGCUUUGAAAUCUGCAUGAAAGUCACGCUGGGACUCGUCUGUUUUCGGCUAAAGGGCUCCAACCAGGUGAACGAAGCGCUCCUCCAAAGGAUAAACGACGCCAAGAAGAUCCACCUGGUGCCCUGCCACCUCCGAGACAAGUUCGUGCUGCGUCUCGCCAUCUGCUCGCGCACCACGGAGUCUGCGCAUGUGCGGCUGGCCUGGGCGCACAUCCGGGAACUGGCGGGCGCCGUGCUGGAAGCCGAGCGCGCUGCCGAGACCAAAAGUUGAAGUGUGUCUGAAAACCAGAAUGAGAAGAAAAAAAUAAACGUAAUCCCGACUGCAUGAACCAGAUCCCGUGUGGGUCACCUCCUUCCCCAGCUACCCAGAGCUUCGUGAUGUCUGCUCUCUGUCCCAUCCAUGAGGAGAUAUCAUUUGCUGUGUGAAGUUGAUCCUGGUGGCUACAGCUUCUAUUCACUAUUUGUGAUUUUGAUGUCCUUGAAGCCAUUGGUUGUGGCAAGAAAAGCUAUUUCCCAGGACAGUGUGCUCACGUGACCCGAGUUUGGGCCUGUGAUCUCUAGAUUGCCUGCAGUCCUGUGCCUAAAUGCUUAAUAAACAGCUACAGUGCAAUGACUGGA